AUCAAACGCCACAAAGCCACCUAAAGGAAGAAUAAAGAAGGAUCUCUUUUAGCAAGACCACAACAUACAGCUUCUUUUAAAAACAUUGUUCUCUGUGUAUGCUAGCUGACAAGCCCACUGAUCAGCAAAAUGAGUAGUGCAGGAACAGUGGAAAGUGGAAAACCCCCAAAGAUUGGCUCCGCAGUAGAGGUGAUAGGGAAGGGUCAGCGUGGUACUGUUGCCUAUAUUGGCGCUACCCUUUUUGCCUCUGGGAAAUGGGUGGGUGUCAUUCUCAAUGAACCCAAAGGCAAGAAUGAUGGCACUGUUCAAGGGAAACGCUACUUUACCUGUGAGGAAAAUCAUGGAAUAUUUGUCAGACAGUCCCAGCUCCAGGUGGUGGAAGAAAGCUCCGGUGCCACCUCUCCAGAUACUCCCGAGUCAGGCAUUACAAAGAUUCCUCGACAAAGAGACAUUCCAGAGACUCCAAAGAUAACCAAGCAGACACCUGUGAAUGUUAAAAAGUCCUCUGCUCGCCGCUCUGCAAAGUGGAGCACUCCAGGUCGUCUGACACCUGCCACCUCCCUCCCUUCUCUUUUGGUACGUCCACCUGGCGGCUCCAGUCUGUCGCUCAUGGCGUCUCGUGAGAGCCUGUCGUCCUCCCUGUCCGGUGAUGUAAGUGAGGCUACACUGUCCUCCCAUCAGGGUGCACUAGGAGCUCCUGUGAUGCCUCAGCCCAGCGGAUCGCCUGCAGCAGUGGCAGCCCAGGUCCCUGCCACUCCAAACAAGGUGGAACCUGCCAUGUCCAUGCAGGAGGACGAAUCAUUGCGAGCUCAGGUCAAGGACCUAGAGGAAAAACUAGAAACGCUGAAGAUGAAGCGGACCGAGGACAAGGCCAAGCUGAAGGAGCUCGAGAAACACAAAAUCCAACUUGAGCAGCUUCAGGAGUGGAAGAACAAAAUGCAGGAGCAACAGGCUGAACUGCAGAAACAACUCAAAGAGGCAAAGAAGGAAGCCCGUGAGGCACAGGAGGCCAAGGACCGUUACAUGGAGGAGAUGUCGGACACAGCAGACGCCAUAGAAAUGGCCACACUGGACAAAGAGAUGGCAGAAGAGCGAGCUGAGUCACUGCAGGUGGAGGUGGACACUUUGAAGGAGAAAGUGGAGGAGCUGUCGAUGGACCUGGAGAUCCUGAGACAUGAGAUUUCAGAAAAAGGCUCUGAUGGAGCUGCAUCAAGUUAUCACGUCAAACAGCUUGAGGAGCAGAAUGCUCGACUGAAGGAGGCAUUGGUUCGGAUGCGUGACCUGUCCUCUUCAGAGAAGCAGGAACAUGUGAAGCUGCAGAAGCAGAUGGAGAAGAAGAACUCUGAGCUGGACACUCUGAGGACUCAGAAGGAAAAAUUUCAGGAAGAGGUCAAACAGGCGGAGUCCACUAUUGAUGAGCUGAAGGAGCAGGUGGAUGCUGCUCUCGGGUCAGAGGAGAUGGUGGAGACCUUAACAGAGAGGAACCUUGACCUAGAGGAGAAAGUCCGAGAGCUGAGAGAAACAGUGACUGAUCUGGAGGCUAUAAACGAGAUGAAUGAUGAACUCCAGGAGAACGCCCGGGAAACAGAAAUGGAACUAAGAGAGCAGUUGGACCUGGGUUCAGCAAAGGUCAGAGAGGCUGACAAAAGGGUGGAGGCUGCCCAGGAGACUGUGGCUGAUUACCAGCAGACCAUCAACAAGUACAGAGAGCUGACCACUGGACUACAGGAGGCCAACAGAGAGUUGAUCAGCCAGCAGAAUGCCAACACUGAACAAGUUCACCCACCUCCCGCAGAACUAUUUGACUUCAAGAUCAAGUUUGCAGAGACCCGGGCCUAUGCCAAGGCAAUUGAGAUGGAGCUUAGAAAAAUGGAAGUUGCUCAGUCAAACAGACAGGUAUCCCUACUCACCUCCUUCAUGCCAGACUCCUUCCUCCGUCAUGGUGGAGAUCACGACUGUAUUCUGGUCCUCCUGCUCAUCCCGAGGCUCAUCUGUAAGGCUGAGCUCAUCAGUAAACAGGCCCAGGAGAAGUUUGACCUAAAUGGGAAGAUGGCCCAGGGAUCUGGUCUCAGAGGGCCUCCUGGAGAGCAGUGCAGCUUUGCCUCCGGACUGGUCUACUCCCUGGGCUUGCUACAGGCUACUCUGCACAAAUAUGAACAGGCUCUGAAUGAUUGCAGCGUGGAUGUUUUCAAACGCAUGGGUACACUCUACUCUGAAAUGAGCUUCCAUGAACGCUCUCUGGAUUAUUUCAUUGACCUGCUGCAUAAAGAUCAACUCGAUGAGACUGUUCAGGUUGAACCUCUCACCAAGGCCAUCAAGUACUAUCAGCAACUGUACAGUGUCCAUCUGGCAGAUCACACCGAAGACUGCACAGUUCAGCUGGCCGACCACAUAAAGUUUACCCAGAGUGCACUGGACUGCAUGGGAGUCGAGGUAGCUCGUCUGCGAUCGUUUCUGGCAGCAGGUCAGGAGAGCGCUGGCCUUAGUGUUCUUCUCAAAGACCUGGACACUUCCUGCUCUGAUAUCAAACAGUUCUGCAAAAAGAUCCGCCGCCGCAUGCCAGGAACAGAUGUAGUGGGAGUACCAGUAGCUCUUCAUUAUGGACUACAGGUGUCUGAAGCUUUAAUGGAGUGUAGGCGCCAGCAGUCCCGAGUGGUAGCUGUGCUGCAGGAGGUGGCUGCAGCAGGAGCUCAGAUGGUUUCUACUCUGGCGGAACAGGAGGGGCUUAACGCUCUGAAAUUGGAAGACAUAGCUUGCAAGGCUGUGGAGCAGGUGUAUGGCUCUCAUGGUGUGAACGGUCCAGACUGUCUGCGUCAGUCAUGCAGCUCUGUCAUUGCUGCCAUGAACAAGUUGGCCACGGCCAUGCAGGAAGGAGAGUACGAUGCUGACAGACCACAGGCCAAGACUCCUCCUGUGGAGAUCAGGGCGUCCACCGUCAGGGCAGAGAUGACGGACGCCGAGGGUCUUGGAGUGAAACUUGAGGAUAGAGAGACUGUUAUCAAGGAGCUCAAGAGGUCCCUCAAAAUCAAGGGGGAGGAACUGAGUGAGGCAAAUGUGCGACUGAGUCUGCUGGAGAAGAAGCUCGACACGUCCACCAAAGAUGCAGAUGAACGGGUGGAGAAAAUUCAGACCAAGCUGGAUGAGAACCUUGCCUUGUUAAAGAAGAAAGAAAAGGAGUUUGAGGAGACAAUGGAUGCUCUGCAGGCAGAUAUUGACCAGCUGGAGGCAGAGAAAGCAGAGCUGAAACAACGUAUUAAUAACCAAUCUAAGAUGACCAUCGAAGGACUAAGAAGCCCUCAAUCUUCUGGAAUCGCCUCCAUUGUACAGGGAUCUGCAGGAGCAGGUCUGUCUCCAUCCUUGGCAGGACCAGUACAGGUGGUGGACUCCCCUCUCCUCAGGAAGCAAGUUGAGGCUCAGAGACUGGGCAUUAAACAGCUCAAGAAUGAAAACAACAGACUAAAGGCUGAGAAGAUGAGAGCCCAGCUAGCCUCCCUUCCUCCACUGUGUCCUCCUAAACUACCACACAUGUCCAAAGAAAGCUCCAUGCCACCAGAUGGUCUAAACACGGGCAUCUAUCGCAGGACUGACCAGCUACUCGCAACCCUGCUGAAGCUGAGUGCAGAGGUUAAAGUAAUAGAUGUCACGGGGAAGACAGCAGUAAGUGCCAGCUCCCAGCUGCUGGAGCAGACGGCCCGUCUACAGAAUCUCAGUGAUGCCCUGGUUAAACUGAAGGGAGAGGUUGCUGAACAUGUGGUUUCAUACCAGCCUGGUGCAAAGGCUACCUCCGACUUCGCCACCUUCCCAGUCUCAUCCUUUGUUAAGGCCAAAGAAGAAAAACAGGGAGGAACUGUAUUUGUAGGACGAGUUGCUAUUCCAUGCAUCCGUGGACAGGAGCAAGUUCACCGCCUUGUCCUAUCACAGCAGCAACUGCAGAAAGUUCAUCGCCUGCUCAUGGCUUGAGAUGACUAAACAUUAUUUACAACACAUUAAAUUAAACAUUUGUGUUAUUUCUUUUCAUUCCAGUUUCCAAGUCAACACCCUCCUGUUUAUCUAUUGCUUUCCACUUCUCUCAGGAAAUUGUUUCCUACUUUUGCCAUGUUUGAUUGUAGCACUAUUAAAACUGAUCAUUCUAUUGGCUGAGAGCACAUUGGUACCCCUGAAUGUCACUUUGUCAAAGAUUUAUCACUGAAAAAGUUGGUAUGUUGAGGUUUUACCAAUUAUAGUGGAAAAGAAGAAAGCUAGCUGUAAGUCAUUUCUUGCAUUCCUCCUGACAAAUUUUGUAUUUGGUGUAAGACAAUAAAGCACAUCACUUGAGAGCUCACCUCUGUUAUCAGAUACCAUAACAUAUAAGAGCAGAGUCCUGACAGAAGUGUUCUGGUUUGGGCUUGUAUAGUUCUUGUAGCAUUGGACAAGUGUUUCAGCAGGCAUUGGCUGUAUGCUGGAACAUAUUGACACAAAGUUCCUUAGACCCAAACACUGCAGAUAUGUUGGCUGCAACCCAGCACUGCUUUGUGUGCUUGGAAGGCUUUUGAAUGUAUGACAUUUAGAGAGCAUAGAGAGAAAAUGACAGCACAGGACAAACUUAACUUAGCUGAAAGUUUUGUGUCAGACCUGCAGUCAUACAUUUAUCAAACAUUUUACCAAUGGACUUAUAUCUUGAAUUGAUCUUUUAUUUUAUUUUUUUCAGCAAGGUAACUUCUCACUUGAAAGAAUUUAAAUGAGAGUUGGGUAGACCAUACUGUACAGAUAAUUGUUAAAUAUACUGUUUCUUUAUUUCCAAACAUUUGUCCAUAUUUACAUAGACCUUUAGUCUGAUCAAUUUUGCUUGGAGGAAAGUCUGGAUCCAUUGCUAAGAGAAUUAAUUCUUCAUAUAUUUUCUGAUUCUGGCAAACUUCCAUCCAAAGCUUGGGUGUAGCAACUACCCAUGUAUUAUCUAAUGUAUCUUUAAUGUAUGGUCUUUGAUAUUUAAAGAAAAGGAAGACUUAAUGGAAAAUAUCUGCUAAUUAAUUCCAUCUCCAUUUAAUACAGGGGCUCAUUCACAGUUAAGUAUUUCUAAUUUGAGCUGCUUGCUUGUUUGCAGAUUUAGUAAGUCUAGUCUAUCGUUCUCUUUUCAUAGUGAGGUAUUUCAUUUGUAUUGUUGGUUUCCUUCCAUUCCAGAUACAUUUAGUAAUACUAGAAUCCCAUUCUUUAAUCAAACUGUAAACUAUAUUGAUUGGUAGUGUUUUAAACAUGAAUAAAAAUCUUCAUUAUUCUCCAAACAAUUGAAGUAUACAUUUCUGAAAUUCUUUGUAAUGCUCAUCCCACAAUAUUUGAUCCUCUCGACAUCCUGAUGAAAUGUAUAUUUCUGUUUGAUUUCAUAAAUCACUGAUUGUACAGAACAUGACCCCUCACUUAAUUAUAUUUAAUGUGUUCCCUGAAACGACUCCAAAAUCAACUACCUAAAUGAAAACUUCAACGGACUGUUCAGGCUUAUAGACAAUAAUUUAAAUAUCAUCAGCUGUGACAGCUAUGCCUUUUAUUUGAUCUUACACCUGAAUAUAUUCUGCCAGCGGUUCAAUACUUAGAACGAAGAUCAAUGUUUCCCCUUGUGUGGUGCCUUUUUAAAUCUUCAAAAUAUCAGACAUUACUCCAUUUCGCUGCUUGUACAUAGCUUUCAAUCAGUUUAUAAAAAUGGUGUGAAGGCCACAUUUACUUCAGGUUUCAAACAGAUAUGGACAAAGGACCUUAUGGAAUAAGCUUCUGAUGUUUAUUGUUUGUCUCACAUUGUCAGCAAGCUGUCUUUGACUAAUAAAUCAAAACUGAUCUGGAUGUUUCAGAUGUGGUACAAUU